AAAGCGUGACUCACGCAGUGAAACGUCACUCAACGUAAAGGGAUUUUGAAGCUGAAAGCGGCUCAGUUUGUCCAGCGACCGUUGAUCUGUCCACGUCUCAAAUCCUCAUGAUGGAGAUGAACUUCGAAGAAUUCAUGUACGCUUCUUCUCUCUGGACUUUCUUCCUCCUCUUGGCUUCCGUCUCCUGCUCACCUGUUGAAGGUGUGCAUCAUUUAAUUGGUUCAUCUCAGCCAAUCAUCACUGCUCCAGGGGAUGAUGUCAUCCUGCCAUGCCAGCUGGAUCCUCCAUUAGACCUGCAGAGGUUCACAGUGGAGUGGUCCAAACCGGAUCUCAAGCCAGACCCCUCAGAUCCGUUAGGCUGGGUCGACUUUGUGCACCUGUACAGGUACGGACGAGAAAACCUGGAGAUGAAGCUCCCGUCGUACGUCAGCAGGACGAAGCUUUUCACAGACGAGCUGAAACGUGGAAACAUAUCCCUCAAGAUCCUGAACGUGACGUCUGCAGAUGAAGGAAGAUACAGAUGUUUCCUCCCAAAGUUAAAGAGGGGUUCAGUUAUUCGACUUGUUGUCGAUCCCAACCUUAAAAACCAGACGACAGAGACGACGCCCAGAAACCUCCCAACUCCAGAUCCAGGAGACGGGACGGACGGUAGAGGUGAUCAGACCAGAACCAUCGUUUGGAUCGUGCCUGUGGUUCUCCUCGUCCCGCUGAUCCUGGCUGCUGGAGUCAUUGGAUACUUGAUUAGACGACGGCGUCAAGAACUAGAUGGUGUGAAGUACGAUGCCGCCUCAAACAACCCGCUGUGACACUAGGUGCCUUGCUCAGGGGAACGUUGGUGGUAGUUGUUGAUGGAGAUGAGAGCGUGACACAUUUCCCUCUCCUGGAUCUUUCAAAUCAUUUUGGUGAUUCAAACCUGCCACACCUGCGGCCACAGCUGGAUCCAGAGACCAGAAGGUGUGAGAUCUGUAAGGUGGAGACAGACGACCAACAGGAAGUCCUGUCUAGACAAUGAUCUGAAGCUCUGCUCAGGAUGUGGGUGUUUCAAACGCUGGACGAAUCUAAUCACCAUGGAAACAGACGACUUUAAAAUGCACCUGAUAAAACUGUUGGGUUUUUCCUCCUAUUUGGUUGUUUUUUUCGAAAGUACAGCUUAGAUAAGAAAUGUGCCAGAGCAGCAGCAGGAUCACUUUGUGUCAGACUUUUAUUUCUUAAGGAAAGAAGCCAAACUUUAUGGCAGCGUUACCGUCACUGUUCCAGUUCACUCAUGUUUCACUUUUCAAACUGUGACUUUGGUCUUUCAAUGAGCAACUAAACCUGACCUCAAAGCCGACCUACGAUGGACCAAAAAGAUGUGAAGGGUUCGGUUUAAUGCACCCAAACCCAUCAAAGGAGGACAAUUGCGAGUGUCCUUUCCUGUGUGGGCUGGACUUUCGUCCUCUCUAGUCCUGAUUCAGAACCAGCAUGGAUAUCUCAAAUUCAGUCAAUGAUCACAACUUUGAAAUACAGAUUUCCUCGAUGGAAGAUGGAAAAUCUUCUUGGCGACCUACAAGCUCGGAGGGAAAAGACGUAGAGUGGCUGUAAAGUCACAAAGAAACAUGAUUGACUUGAACCAAGAAAAGUCUCUUCCAUUAAAGUCCAUACAGAACAGACUCUCUCCUCGCUCCCCUUCCUUGUGUUGAUGUUUCGACCAUGAUUCCACCAACGCCUGACUUCAAGAUUUGUGAUCAGAUUUGUGACUGAAACGACCAAGUUCUGAGAGACUGACACAAAGAUUCAUUACAUUUUAUUAAGACACUGAUCAGGAACCAGCUGCACCAGCUGUUUGUCCUUCCUCUGAUAUUCACAAGAUCUGUGGACGUUUUCUUGGUUUCAGAAUCACUACACCCCAAGUUCAAAACAGUCACACCUAAUAAGAAAACACCCUAAAAAAUAACGUUUUAUGGAGUCGACCUGAAACCUGAUGAAACCUCUUUUAAUUGUGUUUUCAUUACAUUUCAAAAAAAAUAACCUUCCUCAAAUUCUGAAUAAAUAAUCGGUUCAUUUGAAACUAAAUGAAUGAAACAAAGCUUGUACCUCUUGAUCGGACAGCAUUAUAGACUAAGACGCGAAGACUUUACAUUGAAACUUGGAUUCACUGAACUUUACUCAGAUGGACAAGGACACAGGAUUGUUUUGUUUUUGUAAGUUGUAAUUAAUUUCCCCCACGUCUUUAGACUGAUAUAAAAACUAAUAAUCUUCAGUGUUAAAAGCAGUGCGGUUCAAAGGAAGUUUACUGGUUUUAUUAGAGCUCACAUCCUGAUGUGUAAAAUCUUGGUUUGUAUCAUCUGGCACAUGUGAGUCAGAGCUGACUUUUCUUUAUAAGAAAAAUAAUUAUAUAUUUAAGUUUAAACGCUCUGUACUCCCUGAAGAUCGACUGAACGUUCUUCUUAGCAGGGCACCUACAUAUAUACUUUUGAACAAUGUUUAUUUGAAUUGUUUGUUGUUUUGUUUUUGACUAUAACACUACCUCUACUAUGUUCAUGAAUGUAUUAAAAAAAUAAAGUAUUUAGAAAAG